GUGGACGCAUGCGCGCGCGGCGGAAAACGUUCUGGAAACCGCGAGUGGCGGAGCGCGCGCUGGACGGCGGCUAAGGCAGUUUUCUCUUUAUGUGUGGUGGGUCAGCGAGAUGCUCACGUAACUACGACACAUGCUUUUUCGUCGCUGUCUGACAACUUUCGAAAGAUUUUUUUUUUUUAAGUUAAGGCUUACUAACAUCGAUUUUUUUUUGGGGGGGGGGGGCUGAGGUACUUUCUCGUCACUGUUUUUAUAUUUUUAACUGUUGUUUGGCGCUUCGCUCUCGUUCACCAUGGAAACAGCCUGUCUCUGAGGCACUGACUGAAGUAGCUCGACGGGUGACCGUGACAUUUACGCAGGAAGGAUCGCUGGAUUUAAUGGAAAAAAAAAAGUAAAACAAGAAUGAAUGAAAAGCAAUAGUAACUUAUUUAUUUCUGUGGUGGAUUCCGAACUCUUUUGGCUCCGUUUACUGCGAAUCUUCAUUCAUGCGCAAACAUUUUUAUUCUUCUUGUUGUUGGCUUCUGUCAGAAGUAGCUGCUCUGUACAUCUGAGGAUUCAGGAUUCUUCCAACAGACUCUCGCUCGGCUUCGCCCCAUCGCGGCGGGGGGAUAGAAGAGGCGGCGCCAGCGGAUCUCAAGAAGACCGGAGCGGAGAGUGCCUCUGUCUUCAUCACAGACAGUCGCUCGAAUCGAAAUCCCCUUCCAGUGUGACACAUUUGCGGCCAGAGUCCUGCCGCGACUUAAUAAAAUCCGGCGCUGAGAAGCGAGUGUUUGUGUUUUCACUAUUUCAGCAGCGGGGCGACGGUGCCCGGCCGACACAGGCAGCAUGAUCGAGUCCAGGGUGGUGGUGCACUGCCUCUCGCUCCUCAUCCUCGUGGUGCAGGUGAGCAGACCCGUGUGUGUGGAGGCUCCCUCUGAAACCGAGGCCGUUCGGGGGAGCCACAUGAAGCUUACUUGCAUCUCCUGCAUGAAGAGAGAGGAGGUUAAAGCUGAGACUCGGGUUGACUGGUACUAUGUGCUGUCCAACAAUGAACCCAUUCAAAUCUUCCAGUACGAUAGACAACCACAGGAGCUGGACGGGCCCUGGAAGGGGCGUCUGUUGUGGAAUGGAAGCAAAGACCUACAAGAUGUAUCCAUCAGCAUUAUCAAUGUCACACACAAUGACUCGGGCAUCUACAGGUGUGAUGUAUUUCGUCAAUUCAACUAUGACUUCUAUACACCUUCCUUCAGUGUCCGAAAGGAAAUCAGACUGGUUGUACACGAAGGAGGUGUUGAAGACGCCACAGCUUUUUACUCGGAGAUCAUGAUGUAUGUCCUGUUGGUGUUUCUCACCUUUUGGCUGCUGGUGGAGAUGAUCUACUGUUACCGGAAGAUAUCCAAGUCAGACGAGCAAGUGCAAGACAACGCGACAGACUACCUAGCCAUCCCAUCUGAAAAUAAAGAGAACCCGGGUGCUCCAGUAAUGGAAUAAAAGUGAUUUUCUCACACAGCAACGGUAUUUUACACCUGCCUUUCCAUGUACUCCUGGUCAAAUGCAUCCUUCCUCCUCCCACUCACAGUGUCUGUGCCUAACCAAAGUCAUCAGCCCUGGAAGUCCUUCAUCUACUUACUCCCAUGAAGCUCAUCUCCAUUUCCUUUGAACACUAGCUCCCCUUUAUGAUGUGACCCCAAACCUGUCCCCCAUGUGAUUUGCCAAUAACAGUUCACAACUCUAGAUGAGCAGAGUGGAAGUGAUUCACAGAAACUGGGUAAUAGUAGAAGUCAUGCACGCAGGAAGUGACAAUGUGGAGUUAUAGAAAAAUGACCAAGAGAAAAACAGAAUUGGCAGAGAGAAUAUGGUGACACCUGUCUUCCUGUUUGUCUUUCGCUCCAUGUCCUGUACCACUCCUUCCUGUUGUGCUGUGUCUCCAUAUUGUCCUGAUUCUCACACCAGUGCAGUACUGCUGCUUCUGGUGCACCUCACCAAAGAUACAGGUAGAUACUGAAAGACACUUCCUGCCACGUUUCACUGUUUUGGUGACAUGAAAUUUGAAGGAUAUUUCACAAAAAUGGGUUAAUUGCUACCAUAAUCCUAUGCCAGUUUUGCAUUGCGAAUUAAAUAAAUUUUAAUGAAAUGCUGUACGCAGAAAGCUCUUCUGUCAUUGAGGCUGAACGCAAAAAAUGCACUUAGAACAUGUGUAAGAUUUGAUACCUGAAAAAGGCAUCACUAAAAUUUUCAGAACCAUGAAGUUUUGCAGGUAUUUUUUGUGCACUAGUUGUGCAAAUUAGAAUGUCAGCAUCACGUAUGGAAGUAACGUUAACUGUAAUUACUUACAUUUCUUCAUUUAGCUGAUGCUUUUUUCCAAAAGGGCUUACACUGUUAAGGUGCUUACAAUUAUUU